CCUCCUAUUCGGGAGUGAAAACUUACUACAGUGAAGGGAAAAAGAGAAUUAAAAGCCGCUUUAUUUUUGAUCUGGGCCAAGAUCCGGUCUGUUUCAGCCCUGCCCUUGAUCACUUGCUUCAGAACGAAGGUACUCCGAUCCGAGGUGGCCUUCAGAUCGAGAGCAGCGAGGAGACGGACCAGGGUAAAUAUGAGUGCGUUGCCAGCAACAGCGCCGGCGUGCGCUAUUCUUCGCCCGCCAACCUAUACGUGAGAGAGCUACGAGAAGUGCGGCGCGUGGCUCCCCGGUUCUCCAUCCCGCCCACCAGCCACGAGAUCAUGCCGGGCGGGAACGUGAACAUCACCUGCGUGGCGGUGGGCUCGCCUAUGCCGUACGUCAAAUGGAUGCAGGGGGCCGAAGAUUUGACGCCAGAGGACGACAUGCCGGUGGGACGCAACGUCCUUGAGUUGACCGACGUCAAAGACUCCGCCAACUACACGUGUGUCGCCAUGUCUAGCCUGGGUGUCAUUGAAGCGGUGGCCCAGAUCACCGUCAAAUCCUUUCCCAAAGCUCCAGGUACUCCUGUUGUCACCGAGACCACGGCCACCAGCAUCACCAUAACCUGGGACUCCGGAAAUCCGGACCCCGUCUCCUAUUACGUGAUCGAGUAUAAGUCAAAGAGUCAGGACGGGCCAUAUCAGAUCAAGGAGGACAUCACCACCACCCGCUACAGCAUUGGGGGGCUUAGUCCCAACUCAGAGUAUGAGAUCUGGGUGUCGGCGGUGAACACAAUUGGGCAGGGCCCUCACAGCGAUUCCGUUGUGACCCGUACGGGGGAGCAGGCCCCCGCCAGCGCCCCUCGAAAUGUUCAGGGCCGGAUGUUGAGCGCUUCGACCAUGAUCAUCCAGUGGGAGGAACCGGUGGAACCGAACGGUCAGAUCCGGGGCUACCGGGUGUAUUACACCAUGGAGCCCGACCAGCCAGUCAGCAACUGGCAGAAACACAACGUGGAUGAUAGCCUCUUGACCACCGUUGGGAGCCUUCUGGAGCACGAGACCUACACCGUGCGAGUCUUGGCGUUUACGUCGGUGGGGGACGGCCCGCUCUCGGAUCCCAUCCAAGUGAAAACCCAACAAGGAGUUCCGGGGCAGCCGAUGAAUUUCCGAGCGGAGGCAAAGAGCGAGAGCACCAUUUUACUGACCUGGAGUCCCCCCCGCCAGGACAUUAUUCUGAAGUACGAACUCCUUUACAAGGAGAUCAGCAACAAGCCAGGAACCCCGGAGUUUCUGAAGACCUUUGACCCCGUGACUUCCUUCCUGGUGAAAGAACUCAACCCCAACACGGAGUAUGUCUUCCAGCUGGCGGCUCGCUCAGCUUUGGGCCUCGGAGCCCCGACAUCGGAGGUCAGGGAGCGCACGCUGCAGUCUAAACCGUCCGCCCCCCCUCAAGACGUAAAAUGUGUCAGCACCAGGUCCACGGCCAUUCUGGUAAGUUGGCAACCACCGCCGGUUGAGAGCCAAAACGGUGACUUGGAAGGCUAUAGCGUCCGUUAUCGAGCUCUGGAUCCCGAGGUCAGCGAAUUGAAAGAGGUGAAGGAUAUCCCCGCCGCAACCACCCAGAUCGCCCUCGAAGCCCUGGAGAAAUGGACGGAGUACCGCAUCACCGUGGUGGCGCAUACGAUUAUGGGGCCCGGCCCGGAAAGCUCGCCCGUCAUUGUCCGUACCGACGAAGAUGUGCCCAGUGCCCCACCUCGCAAGGUGGAGGUCGAAGUCCUCAAUUCAACGGCCAUCCAGGUUUUCUGGCGCUCCCCAGUCCAAAACCGCCAGCACGGACAGAUACGUGGCUACCAGGUGCAUUACGUCCGCAUGGAGAACGGAGAAGCCAGUGGCUUGCCCCAGAUCAAGGAUGUCAUGUUGGCUGACGCUCAGUGGGAGACCGAUAACACUGCAGAAUACGAAAUGGUCAUCUCUGGACUUCAGCCAGAGACCACUUACUCGGUCACAGUCGCUGCCUACACCAUGAAAGGGGACGGGGCCCGGAGCAAGCCGAAACCGGUCGUGACCAAGGGAGCAGUCCCAGGAAAGCCGAUCCUGUCCGUCUAUCCCACCCAAGAAAACUCUCUUCUGGUCAAAUGGGAACCCCCUCUGGAAGCCGAAAGCCAAGUGCUGGGCUACCGCCUCCAGUUCGGCCGCAAGGACGUCGACCCGCUGGCCACCCUGGAAUUUGCUGCCCAGGAAGACAAAUACACCGCCACCCACGUCCACAAAGGUGCCACGUACGUCUUCAAGCUAGCCGUGAAGAGCCGAGCUGGCUUUGGGGAGGAAGCGUUGCAGGAAAUUACCAUCCCAGAAGAUGCGCCGAAAGGUUACCCCCAGAUUCUCGAGGCGAGCAACAUCACCUCCAGAUCGGUCCAGGUGAAGUGGAUGCCCCCCGUCUUAGCCGAGCGGAACGGGGUCAUCGUCAAGUACACCGUGGCCUACCGGGAGACCACCUCUUCGGGAAACCCCCAGGAGAAAGAGCUGCCCCCCUCUCCAGAAAACUCAUACAUCUUGAACGGUCUCAAGCCCAACACCGCUUACGAUGUUAAAAUCCGAGCCCAUACCAGUAAAGGUCCCGGGCCGUACAGCCCGACUGUUCAGUAUCGGACGGUCCUUCUGGAUCAAGUUUUUCCCAAAAACUUCAGAGUGAAAAUGAUCACCAAGACGUCGGUCCUUCUGGGCUGGGAAUUUCCUGAAAAUUACAACUCCCCUAUUUCAUACAAGAUCCGGCAUGAGAACACCGGUCAAGAGAUUGAGGUGGGUGGGAGUGCCACCAAGAAGCUCAUCACCAAUCUGAAGCCCAAAACAUCUUAUCGGUUCUCCCUCGUGGGCCAGAGAAGCGAGAAAGGAGAUCUUCAGCAGAAGGUGGAGGUGUCGACCGCAGCCAAUAUGCUGAGCAGAAAACCAGAGGUGUCUUAUCGACAUGAAAUAGAUGGCAACGUGAUGGUGAAUCUGCCAGAUGUCAGGAGUUCAGACUCCCCAGUUCAAGCCUAUUACAUUGUGGUGGUACCCUUGAAGAAAAGCAAAAGUGGACAGUUCCAUAAUUCAUACAACAGUCCGGAAGAAAUGGAUUUAGAAGAGCUUAUUCAGCAGAUCUCAAGACUGCAACGGCGAAGCCUCCGCCAUUCCCGUCAGCUGGAUCACCACAAAGCGUACAUCGCAGCCCGUUUCCACAUCCUGCCCCCUUUCUUCAUCCUCGGGGAUAUGAAACGCUACGACAACUUUGAAAAUAAAGCCCUGGAGGCCGGACAGAAAUACGUCAUUUUCGUUUUGGCCGUUCUGCAGGCCAGUGAACCCCUGUACGCUGCCAGUCCCUUCUCUGACCCCAUCCAGAUGGACAGCUCUGACCCCCAGCCCAAGAUUGAAGGAGAGGAGGGGUUGAUCUGGGUGAUUGGACCGGUUUUAGCUGUAGUCUUUAUUAUCUGCAUUGUUAUUGCAAUCCUCCUGUACAAGAACAAGCCAGACAGCAAACGCAAAGAGUCGGAGCCCCGGAUCAAGUGCUUACUGAAUAACGCCGAGAUCGCUCCUCACCACCCGAAAGAUCCCGUGGAGAUGCGACGCAUCAAUUUCCAGACGCCAGAUUCUGGCCUCAGCAGUCCUCUCAGUGACCCUGAGCUUGACCUUGAAAGUAUGCUGAACCAUCCACCAAUCCCCAUUUCGGAUCUGGCAGAUCACACGGAGCACCUGAAAGCCAACGAUAACCUCAAGCUGUCUCAGGAAUACGAGUCCAUCGAUCCUGGGCAACAGUUCACGUGGGAACACUCCAACCUCGAGGUGAAUAAGCCCAAAAACCGCUACGCCAACGUCAUCGCCUACGAUCAUUCUCGCGUCAUCCUCCUCCCGAUCGAAG